AUGCUGCAAGAGCCUAUUAAUCGACGAUCCAGCCAUAUUUCAGCAGAACAUGUACGGCGUUGCAGCAUUAACCUGGGCUUUACAACACUGGCUUCCCUGGUGUUACCUCUUCAUUCACAGCCUACUCUGAAGAACAUCAGCAAGGCUGCCCUGUUGCAGAAGUCAGCAGAGUACAUCAAGUGGCUGCAGAGUGAGCGUCAACACAUUCAGGAAGAGAUGGAAAAAGUGCGGAGUGAAAUCACAGAACUGAAUAAUACAAUCAAUGAAUAUCAGCAGCAGCUGCCUGCCACUGGUGCCCCUCCUGCCCGCCAGCAUUCCAGCCACUUGACAGACAUGUUUGAUGACUAUGUUCGCAGUAGGACCUUGCAGAACUGGAAAUUCUGGGUUUUUAGCAUCAUGGUGCGUCCAUUGUUUGACACAUAUACAGAGACUGUUUGCACAGCUAGCCUUGAAGAUUUCUGUCGCACAGUUCUGUUGUGGCUUGAAAAACACUGCUCUCUUCCCAUUUUUCGCAAAAGAAGUGUUUUUAGAGAAGUAUGA